UUAAGAAAUUAAACAUACAAUUCUUUAAAAUGAGUGAUUGUAGAAGCACUUGUGCAUUUAAAGGUUAAACAUGCAUGUUGAUGCUGACACAGGAAGUUCAGUCAGUAUAUAAAGUUGCUGACCGUUCACACAGCACACUUUCACACGGUUUCAAUCAGCAGCAGCUCAGGACUUCAGAUCCAAAAAUAUGAAGAUUUUAUUUUUUUAUUUAUGCAUGUAAAUACUAGCAUGUACAAGAGUGUUUCUCUACAGGAGUAUCUGUUAAUGAAGAGAUGGACACUGCAGAGACAAUCAUUCUCUUCUGUUUUCUGUUAAAAGGUGUUUGCUGUAGAGAUUUUAGUGUCAGUCUGCCAGAGAAGAUUGAAGCUCUCAGUGGAUCCUGUGUGAUCAUAAAGUGCAGAUUUGAGAUUAAGAAAGAAUAUGACACAGACCUCACUGAGAGAGCUACAGGAGUGUGGUUCAAAGAUGAGACUCAAGUGAACAGCGUAGUGUUUAACUCAAGCACAUCAAGCCAGAACUCCGUCAUUAGAGGGAAUAUAACUGGAAAAAUAAAAGAUAAGGACUGCACCACUGUCUUUUAUGACCUCAGAUCAAGUCACAGAGGUCGGUAUUACUUCAGGAUUGAGGGUGAACAUGGACUGAAACAGACCUUUAAACAAGACAGUGUUUCAAUACAUGUGAUUGAGUCUCCUCCCAAACCCAGAGUGCAGCUGUAUGUGGCGCAGGAUCAGGAGGAGGUGUUGGAGGGGAGCUCUGUGAGUCUGCGCUGCUCUGCUGAGACUCUCUGCUCCUCUCCUCCAGCAACUCUCACAUGGAGCUCCACUCCCAGAAUCCCCCUCAGUGAGAGCAGCAGACUACAGGAGCUCAUCUCUGAUCUGAACUUCACUGCUACUCACCGUGAGCAUGGAGUCACUUUCACCUGCACUAUAACCUACCAGCUACAGGACAAGAACAAAACAGCACAGGACAGCAUCACAGUACAUGUUCAGUAUUCCCCUAAAAACACAGCAGUGUCUGUGGCUCCCUCCAGCUCUGUGUUGGAGGGCAGUUCGGUGACUCUGAUCUGCAGCAGUGAUGCAAAUCCAGCUGUGAACUACACCUGGUCCAGAGAGAGUGAAGGACAGCUGGAGCAGCUGCAGACUGGAGACACUCUUACCUUCAACAGGACCGACCCGACACACAGAAGCUGGUACCACUGUACAGCUCAGAACCAACAUGGUGCCCAAAACUCAUCAGUGAAGCUGGACAUUCAGUAUGCACCUAAAAUCUCUUCAUCCUCCAGCUGUAACAGAACUAAUGUAACUGUGUGUUUCUGUGAGGCUGAUGGGAAUCCCUCUCCUGAACUGGAGUGGCAUCUGUCUGGACGUCCUGUCACUAACUCUUCAAACACGUUCAUCAGUGAAGAGCGAUUGAGCAGCACAGGCUUGAGGAGCUCCAUCACUCUACAUCAGUCUCUCACACACACAUCCACUCUGCAGUGUGUCAGUAACAACACUCGAGGCACUGCAAGAAAACUGCUUCAGCUGCCUUCAUCUGUUGAACGUUUGAAUCUUUUCUCUGUGCUGAUUGGAGUUGCUGUCGUGACUUUGGUGGUCGUGAUGUUGUGCGCCAUUAUAUAUACAUGUGUACGCUUGUCCACUAAGCUGAAGGCUCAGAAUGAGGCAGUCGACACAUAUGCUUCUCUUCAGCUCUCUGCUCCAGCCUCUGAAUAUGAGACUUUGAACAUUAAGAGAGGUCACAAACACAUCUGAUCUCCUCCUUUGUCUUCUUCAGUCAGCUGGACUUUCAGGAUUUUAAAAAUACACAUUUCCAAUAUGAAAGACUAAUAAAAAACUAAAUGCUUCAUAUCUGAUACAUAACAAAAGCAAGAAGACCAAGUCUCACUACCAGAGAAAUAAGCUAUUUUGAUAUUUGAUUUGAGCCAAAUCUGUUUAGUUGUUUGAAUAAAACAUUUCACACAUUUAGAAACUUGUAAUGAGAUGAAAACAAACAAACAAACAAAAAAUAUUUUAAAUGCAUUCUGGUUAUUAAUUAGUCUACUAUCACUUUUGUGUUAUUUUAUGGACUGCCUGAUAACAAAUACAUAUUUUAUUUUCUCCAUUGUCUUAUAAAAUUAGCUGAACAUUCAGGAUUUUUAAAUGAAUAUGUCCUGUAUGAAACACACAUGUUUUACCCCAUGAAGAUUGAACAGAUGAUAAUCAUAAAUAAAUGAUUUUAAAAAGUGCUAAUUGUGUUCUUCAGUUCUAUACUUCCUUUUGUUUGUUAUUCUGUAAUAUUCUGUAUGUCUUUUUAGCUGACUGUAUAAAGUGCUUAUUUUGCAUUUUCUUAUGUUUACCAAAACAUUCU